AAUUCAAAUGGUUGGCAUUUAGUGUGUAUUAUACUAGUUAAACUGUUUGUUAUCACCAGUUUAUCGUACGAAGUCCAAGGUGUAUUUAACUCAGAGAGUAGAUAACCUAUAGCUACGUCUCGUGUCGUGCAUUAUAGGCCUACACACCCUCCCUGUAGAGAGCAGUUAAAGACUGGUGCAUCCAUUUAUAACUAUAAACCAGGAGACUGUGACGAUGGCAUCAGGAGGAAAAGAUGAUUUUGAUGGUGAGCCAUCGACAUCUCAGCAAGUUAUUGGAUUGGAAUCAGAAUCAGAUGAAGGAAUAGGUUGCUGUGGAAUGGUACUAACCAUCAUUUCGUGGCUUCUGGUGAUCUGCACGGUGCCUUUCUCGUUGUUUAUUUGCGUAAAGGUGGUUCAGGAGUACGAAAGAGCAGUUAUCUUUAGACUUGGGCGUCUCUUGUCUGGUGGUGCUAAAGGACCGGGUCUCUUCUUCAUCCUACCUUGCAUCGAAGAUUACACAAAGGUAGAUCUUCGUACCGUUUCUUUUGAUAUUCCUCCUCAAGAGAUUCUGACCAGAGACAGUUUGACCAUCUCUGUGGAUGCCGUGGUCUUCUACCGUGUCAAGAAUGCCACCAUCAGCAUCGCCAACGUAGAAGACGCAGGCAGAUCAACCAGACUUCUAGCUCAAACGACCCUUCGGAAUGUCCUGGGCACCAAGAACCUAGCUGAGAUUCUUGCAGAACGUGAAGGCAUCAGUCACUACAUGCAGUCCACCCUCGACCAUGACACCGAUCCUUGGGGUAUCCAAGUAGAGCGAGUUGAGAUCAAGGAUGUUCGUUUACCAGUGCAGCUCCAGAGAGCCAUGGCUGCUGAAGCUGAAGCUUCCAGAGAGGCUAGGGCCAAGGUGAUUGCUGCUGAAGGAGAACAGAAUGCUGCUCGCGCUUUGAAGGAAGCUGCAGAUACUAUUGCAGAAUCUCCAUCGGCUCUUCAACUGAGGUACCUUCAGACCCUUAACACCAUCUCAGCAGAGAAGAACUCCACUAUCAUCUUUCCACUUCCUAUUGACCUCAUUCAAGGCAUCAUGACAAAGUAGUUCCUUUUGCAUCGUGAGUUUCCUAACCAACCUUAUGUUAUGUUUACCACUAAGUGUUUUUUUUUACUUGGGAAAGAUACCAUCAAGUAUUGAAUCCUUGUAUUAAAUGUGUCUUAAACGGUGCCUGUAUUAAUCUUUCGAACGCAUUUAGUCAUAAUACAAUAGUCUAGACAUUGAGAUUUCCACGAGGGGAAAGUCGACCCGGGUCAUUGUUGCAAGAAAGAACAUCAAAUGAACUUCUUUUAAUAAUUAGGUAUUCAAGCUUCUAGUUUUUGCACACAACUGUUUUUAUAAAAUUGCCCCGUCCUAUUUACUCGAUUUAGUAUCAUAUUACCAGCCAUCCCGAAAUCUUAGAUCAUGUAGAUCAAGCUCAAAAGCAUUACUUGUUGUUCCCUCUGUCUUUACAAAGUCAUAUGGUGAGCGUGCUUUUACUCAUGCCUCUGCUGUCCUCUGGAAUGCUUUACCUAAUUCAAUGAGAUAUCAAAGUGAUUUGUGUACAUUCAGGAGAUCCCUCAAAACAUAUCUUUUCAAUGCAUAAAAUACCAACUUUGAACUAAUGAUCCAAUCUAAAUAUCUUGAUUACUUUAUUCUUACCUUUCACUAUUUCUUCUUUAAGCGCAUAAGGACAUAAAUAUAUGCUAUGUGUGAUGCGCUAUACAAGAAUUGAGCAUUAUCAUUAUUCUUAUUGUUAUUAAAAAUAUAAAAACAUGAUCAACAAGAUAGUUUCAAAAUGAAUCAAGAUAUUUACGACCAUACAUAGUAAUUUCCAUUUAUGCUCUAUAUUAUACUGUUCUACGAAGUAAGAAUGCCCUUCUAUAAAAUUGUACUUGAUUUGUAU